CGUGGAGACCGGAGAUGGCGGCCGCAGGGAUGGUGACUCUGCCACUGCCCUGGGCAGCCUGUUCCAAUGCCUGACAGGCCUUUCUGGGAAGAAUUUUUUCCUAGUAUCCCACCACCUCUGUUUCCUGAGAUCAGGGCGACUCUGAGGCUGGAAGGCAGAAGGGGGACACUGAACCUGAGGGCGGUGAGAAGAGAGGGGAGAUGGUUUAUUUGUCCCGGCUGAACCCCUCGGCUCCGCGCCAUGAGCAGCUGGCUCUGCGCUUGGGGAUGCCGGGGCUGAGAGCUCCAACCCCCGGGGAAGGAAGAUGCUCCAGACCAGCAACUACAGCCUGGUGCUGUUCCUGCAGUUCCUCCUGCUUUUCUACGACCUUUUCAUCAACUCCUUCUCAGAGCUGCUCCGCACGGCCCCCGCUGUCCAGCUUGUCCUCUUCAUCAUCCAGGACAUCGCCAUCCUCUUCAACAUCAUCAUCAUCUUCCUCAUGUUCUUCAACACCUUCGUCUUCCAGGCUGGCUUGGUCAACCUUCUCUUCCACAAGUUCAAGGGGACCAUCCUGCUGUCAGCGGCUUACCUGGCACUCAGCAUCUCCUUCCAUGUCUGGGUGAUGAACCUGCGCUGGCGGGACUCCAGCCGCUUCGUCUGGACCGAAGGGCUGCAGACCCUGUUUGUUUUCCAGCGGCUGGCGGCCGUGCUCUACUGUUACUUCUACAAGCGGACGGCGGUGCACCUGGGCGACCCUCUCUUCUACCAAGACUCGCUCUGGCUGCGCAAAGAAUUUGCCCAUUUCCGCGGCUGAUGGCUCCGCUGGGGUUCUGGGGGACCCACCAUCUGUCCCCCGAGCUCCUCGGCAACCCCUGCCGUCCCUCUGCACCUCUGCGGUCCCUUUUGGAACAGCUCCAGCCGUGUCACUUUCCUCUCAGGGAGCACCAGCGCAGCUCGUGCGGGUGCUGGGGGUUGGUGGGAGGCUCACAUUGCAAUGUCCCAGCUGCGUGGUGGGAGGCUCCAUCCCAGUGCCACAGCGCCUGUUGGGAUUGGAGUGUUUUAGUAAAAAAUAAACAAAUAAAU